AUGGUACGAACUUUAGAAGAAAAUUGUAAGAGUCAAGCAAGAAGAUUCUACAAGGAAAUAAAAUAUAAAGCUACCGCAUUUCAACCAAGACUGAAUAUAUGUAAAAAUAAGGAUGGAGAAUUAUUAAUGGAAGAAAAUAAGAUAUUAGAAAGAUGGAGCGAAUAUUUUCAAAAGGCUUUAAGCAAACCGGAUACGGAAAUUAGUUCAUCAAUUGAACGCCUAUGUGAAAUCACAGCAACAGAUCCACUUGGUUAUCCACCACCAGAUGGUCCGUUAGCAGAUCGUAGUGCUAUGAUACGUGCUGCUCGAGCACUAUUAAGUUCAGUAACGAGAGUACUUCUUUUAGCUGAUAUUGUUGUGGUUAAACAAUUACUUUUAGCUAAAGAUAAAGUAGCAAAAUCAUUAGGCAGAUUAGAAUCAGUUGCAAAUUUUACUGAAUUUGUUAAAGCGUUUUCAGUAUUUGGUGCCGAAAUGGUUGAACUAGCACAUGUAACAGGUGAUCGACAAAAUGACUUAAAAGAUGAAAGACGUCGAGCACAAAUGUCUGCUGCAAGACAAGUUCUCGAACGUUCAACAAUGAUGUUGUUAACGUCAUCGAAAACUUGUCUUCGGCAUUCAGAGUGUAGUUCAGCUAGAGAAAAUCGUGAUACAGUAUUUUGCCAAAUGAGACGUGCCAUGGAUCUUAUACAUUAUGUUGUAAAAGAUGGUGUUUUAGAAUCAUCAUCUGCUGAACGCUUAUCACCACGUGGCCAAAUUAUUACAGACUGGGAUGCUGAACGUGCUACCGUUUAUACAACUUUAAGAAAUUUUGUUCGUUUAGUAGAAAUGUAUAGGCCACGUUAUAAUAAUUGGCCUCCACCACCACAACCUCCUGCACCUGCCACAUUAUCACCUCCUGUUGUUGGUCCAAGUAGUAUUGUUCCACCUAGCAAUAACGCAAAUAUUACAGCAACUCCAAAAACAUUGACAAUAGCUAACCCGAAAGACAUAUCAAAUGGAAAUGAUAGACGAGAUUGUAGAUUACCGCCAGUUGAUGAAAGAGGUGAAAGAUCUGAUCGAGGAGAACGAAUAGAAAGAGGUGAAAGAGUUGAACGAGCUGAAAGAUCUGAUCGAGUGGAACGAGUUGAUAGAGCUGACCGAGUAGAUCGAGUAGAACGUGCUGAAAGACCUGAAAGAGUUGAAAGAAUUGAUAGAGUUGAUAGAGGUGACAGAGUUGAUAGAGGUGAUAGAGGUGAUAGAGCUGAUAGAGCUGAAAGAGCUGACAGAGUUGACAGAGCUGAUAGAGCUGAAAGAGCCGAAAGAGCUGAAAGAGCUGAUAGAGCUGAAAGAGCUGAAAGAGCUGAAAGAGUUGAAAGAGCUGAAAGAGCUGAAAGACUAGACAGAGUUGAUAGAGUGGAACGUACUGAUAGAGCUGAAAGAACUGAAAGAAGUCGUAGUGGUGGACCUGAAUAUAUGAACACCAGAAGAGACUUGAUGCGAAGUAAUAGCGUUCGAGAUCGACAUAUCGUAAGUGGUGCUGACCUACAUAAAAAUAAUUUAGUCACUGGCUGUGGUGGAGGUAGCAAUAUGGGUGGCCCUAGUACACGUUCCUAUAUGAGUUUAGAUCGUGACAUACCAAGUCACCGAAUUGAACCAAUAAAUCAUGAAAUGUCAGUAUUAAAUGCGGAAUCCCGCGAACAUCUUAUGAUCGCCUUAGAUAAGGUUGUGGAAAAAACACAAGACUUUACCGAUUCGGCCUAUACAAGUCAUGAAAAUCGUGAAAAUAUACUUUUAUUAUGUGAUCGAUGUCGACUUGAACUGAAUCAAUGCCUACGUUUAGCAGUUGGUGUAGAGCCUUAUUCAACUCCAUCUUAUGAUUUGGAUGCAGCUAUUGAUAGUGUUAUUGCAGCUGCUCAUGAUUUAUCACAGCAAUUAGCAAUAUCAGUAGCUGAUCAAUUGCCCGAACUACAUCAUGUUAUUAAAUUAGGCAUAGAUUUAGUAUGUAGUUUUCGAAUUAUAGCAAUAAAUCAAGAAUUAGACCGACUGCAAGAAAAGGCUGACCGUUUUCAUGAUUAUAUCGAUCACAUAUUAGAAGUAUGUAAACUUUUAAGGCAUAUUGCCUUAACUGAAACGUUACAAGUACAAGCCAAAUUUACUGAAAUUAAUUUACGAAUUUACGGGCCGCAAGUUAUAACUGCUGCUAGAGUUUUAGCAACUUAUCCAUCAAGUAAAAUUUCAAAAGAAAAUCUUGAAGUUUUUGUUGAUAUGUGGCAAUGGUUAGCUAGUGAUGUUACAUCAUUAUCAAAAGAAAUAAUUGAAUUAGCGCAAAAUCAAGCAAAACCGGAUCGUUUAGAAUAUUUAAGUUUACCGAGACCGGGGAAACAUGGUACAACUUCUAAACCCUUAAAACCAGCUAGAUUAGAUCAAGAAGAACAAGAAAAAAUUGCUAAAAGUGGUUUAGAAAUGAAAAUGCUGACAAAUGAAAUGGAUGCAGAAACUGAAAAAUGGAAUGGUGAAUCUGAAGAAAAUAAUGAUAUUGUAAAACGUGCCAAAAAUAUGUCCGCAAUGGCAUUUUCAAUGUAUCAAUUUACAAAAGGUGAAGGUACACUACGUACCACACAAGAUCUUUUUACCCAAGCUGAAUAUUUUGCAGAAGAAGCUAAUAGACUAUAUAAAGUUGUUAGACAAUUUUCUUAUCAGGUUCCUGCUGGUGAUAAUAAAAAGGAACUUCUAGAACAUCUAGAUAAAGUACCUACAUACGUUCAAAGUUUACAAUUUACAGUUAAAGAUCAUACUGUUGGUAAAGCGGCAACAUUUGUUAAAGUCGAUCAUGUAAUUAAAGAAAUUAAAACUUUAAUGAAUUGUAUCAAUAAAGUUGUGACAACAUGCUUUGAAUGUGCCAACAAGGUAAAAUUAAUAAAUGAAAAAUGUGUGUUGAAUAAACCAAAUAAUUAUCUCUAUGAUUUAAAUAUUUGUAAAAGGUAUAAACUUGAUUUCACCGGCCUUGCUGGACGUGCUGCAGCAGCUGGUGGCGGUGAUGAUGGUCCUGGUGGUUUAGGUGAUUCAAAGGGAUCAACAACAAGUACCGAAGGGAGUAUGUGACAGUACGGGAUGGCUCGAAGAGCCAAAGGUGAUGCCAGGAGGACAAGGGUUUCUUUUCUGUUAUUCUAGAAAUAAAGUUUCGGGUCAUGGUUGGCUAUUCUUCACUUCUAUGGUGUGCAAUUAACUAUAUGGAUAUAAAUAUUGAGUGGGCAUAUGAAUAUGUCAAAAUAAAAAAAUUUUAAUGUUAAAAUAUCUAUCCUGUUAUACUUUCCGCUUUCGUUACUAUCAAAACAUUUGACUUUCCCAAAAUUGGGAAAACGAAAAUCGGUAUAUGAAAAACUUUUUUAAAUUAUAUUAAAAAAAAAGUUUUUAAUAAUUAAAAAAAAUAAACUAUAUAAAUCUUAAAUAUUUAACUUCGACUUUAUUUUCUAAGUGCAAAAUGUAAGUAAUGUAAACUAAACAGAAUGACAGAAAUAGGAACAAAAAACAAGAAAGAUACAGAAAAAAAUUAAAUGAAUUAUGAAAAUAUCGAAAGAAAUUUAAUUUUGAAAAAUUGAAUAAAUGAUAUUUUUGAGGAAAAUAUCAAAUAAGUAAACAUAUUUAUGUGAAAGGAAAAAGUUAAGAAAAAAUGUAUAAUAAUGAAUUUAGAUCAGAUUUACAACAAAUUGCAACUAUAACAAA